AUGCCCGUCAUCGUACAAUGCAAGGCAAGGAGUAAUAGUGUCAACCCGAAACAUAUCCGCGAACUCGAAGGAUCCUUUCAGGGUGUACCACCACAUUGGCGCAACAAGGAUGUCUUGGGGCUAUUGGUAACAACAAAAAAAGCCACGACGGGGGUGAUGAAAGCUAUAGCGAACAAUCCUGAGGAGGGAUUAGAAGAGGACGCGAGGGUAUCAAAGAAGAGUCAGGACAAGUUCAAAACUUCGGGAACGAUGAAAGACAUACAAUUGACCUGGAUGGGAUCGCCCAUCUUUCCAGACAGGGACAACCUCGACCAGGAAACACUCAAGCUCAUGCGCCAGAUCCCAGCCAACAUUGUGCAUGUACCCGCCCCUGUCAUUGAAGUGGAAGAGCCACCCCAAGGGCGUUCCAAGGAUUCUGCAAAGGACAAGAAGAAGGCCACUUCAGCCGUUGCGCCCAAAAUCGGUCGGCCCAUAAAAAUGUGGUCCGAAAAAGCGCCUCGUCCACGCGGAGGCCAAAUCUCAGGCACCAUAAAGAAGUCUACCGAAGGUCAUACCAUGGGAAGGCCCCCAGGAUCGAAGACUAAGCGUAGAGCGGGCGAUGAGCCUGUGGUGAUAGAGAAGCCACCGAAGCCACCGAAGGACCCUCACCGUCAUAAAAAGCUCAGGCAGCAGAUACCUACCUGCCGUCCACGACUGGGAAGACCCCCUGGAUCGAAGAACAAACCCAAGGUACCUGUUGAUACUGGCUGA